AACCCUCCCUUUUCCACUUCCUGUUCUUAAAUCUUUUUCCUUUUACAGUAAUUCACUUCCAUUUUUUAGUGUUUAGGUGAGAUUAUAAUUCUGAAUAAAUGAAUAACCUUAGUAACCUUUGACAUCUCAUCUUCACGUAUACUUUCUGGUUGCUAAAAUUAAAAUCGUUUAGUAUCAUCGAGAACAAAUGCCCAAUAAAAUAAACUUGGAAGCUACUAGUGGAAAUCAAACGACUGAAGAUAAUUUUCUACCAAUUGAUUCUCCAUUCUGUGAUUGUGAUAGUGAAAUGGAGUCCAAUUUUGGUAGUCUCUCUGGUCUCUCAGAUGAUCAAAUAACUGCUAUGCUGGUUAACGAGAACGGUGCCCAAUUAAGCUCUGAGCUUAUGAGUCAGUUUGAAAUAACACCUAAACUGUGCGCAAAGAUUUUACUUGCUUUGUGUGAACAUCCGAAAGGUCAAGAGAACAAUAUACCUCAAAGGUGUGAAGAAAUUGACACUCUAGCAAAUUUAUGUCGUGAGUUUUUACCCUCGGCAUCCCCGUUAAUGGACAUUCUUCAAGAGAUUGACUCUGAAGCCUUUAUAAAUAUAAGCAGCAAAUUGAUCACAAACAAGUCACACUUUGGAAAGAUUCAUCCAGCCUUCUCAAGAUUCUGGCAAUUUUGUUCCAAUCUUUGCAAUACUGAAAAGCAAGGCAUAUCUCUUCUUGGUAUCAUUUUCUUCGGUCGACUUUGGUCUAAUAACCUUGAAUUCCAGUUGGGAGUAAUCAUGAAUUGUGUAAGAAAUCAGUUAGUGGUUAAGCUUUUGUCUGCUGGACCCACAGGCCCAGGACCUGGAGGUGGAAGUGACUUGUGUCAACUUGUACCUAAUAUGGAAUCUCUCAAAUGUUUGCCCGAUUUUGAAGGUAAUCCUGAGCUUGCAAAUUGGAAAUAUCAGAAACUCUAUUCGAUCAUAAUUGAAAUAAGUGCUGCCAACUCAUCAAACAAACAAUCUGUCACCAUGGGUUCAAUGUUUUACAAUCAAAUUAUCGACCUAUUCAAAUGGCCUAUCCAUCAUUGUCCCGAUCUAGUAGCACUUGGUUUACUUGGGUGUGGAAGUAUUUCCUCCAUUUGUAAAAAUGAUAUUCUUAAUUUGGCAAUUCCAUCCUUUCUCAGUAAUCAUCCUAAUGCUGCCAUAAUUUUGCACACCAUUUGGAGUACAAAUGAUUUAAUUGGCAAUGUUCAGAACAAUUACCAAUGGGCCAGACAGGUUCUUCUACAAUCAAUGUGUGAAUUUUACAUGAAAAGUCCACCAGAGGAGCAGCAACAACGAUUAUCAAGGAUUUUAGAUGUUGCUCAAGAUCUUAAAGCUCUUAGUCUUUUGCUUAAUAGUAACUGUCAUCCAUUCGUUAUUGAUUUAGCUUGUCUAGCGUCCAGAAGAGAGUAUCUUAAAUUAGAUAAAUGGUUAAUGGAUAAAAUUGAGUCACAUGGUGAACCCUUUGUGAAAGCUUGUAUAGUGUUCCUAAAUCGUCGUUGCAAUGCUCUGGUCAGUGGUAAUAAACCCAUGGAUGCAAAUUCAUUGAGCACAGCUUUACCAUCUGAAACUCUUGCCACCAUUUUGGCCUGUCUACAACAGUUUAUCUGUAAUUCAGCUGGCUCAGUGACUUCAACAUCUCUUUCAAACCAAUUUCCAAUCUCUCCUGAAUUAAGUGAAACCAUCUUGACCAUGGUAGCAAAUUCCUCAUACCUUUUAUCCAAAACUCCUCGAUCAGCACCUCCAGGUGUGAUUAGCAACCCCGUUAGCAAGGCUCCAAUUCUUCCUGCUGUGACUUCGCUCAGUGACCUUAACGAUAGGAUUGGUAAUUUGUCUUUGACUGGCUCGGUCAACUCAUUCAAUAGUCAGGCUCGACAAUCAUUCAACUCUCCGUUAUCUCAGUCAUCAGCAACACCAAUAGCAUCAACAGCAUCAAUAAUUGCUCCUCAAAUGCAACCACCGGUCGGCCCAAAGUCUCAAAAAGUUGGACCACCACAGGUUUUGCAUCAAUCACAAGCUCCAGCUCUACCGGCACCUCAACAACAACAACAACAACAACAACCUCAGUCACAAGAUCAAAAUCAGCCCAAACGUUAUCUAUUCGAUGUGAAUGCCAUAUUCCCUGAAAAUCAAAUGACUAACAAUCCAGAGAUUGAGAAAGAAGCUGAUACAUAUUUCCGUAGAAUUUACAAUCAGUCAACUAACGGAAGUAUGAGUGUUGAUGACGUUCUUGAAAUGUUAAGAAGAUUUCAAGAUUCACCAAAUCACCGUGAAAGAGAUAUAUUCAAUUGUAUGAUGAAAAAUCUUUUCAAAGAGUAUUUCCAUUUUCCUCAAUAUCCUGAAAAAGAGCUUCUAAUUACUGCGUCAUUAUUUGGUGGUAUAAUUCAAUUGGGCUUAGUUAAAUACAUGGCUUUAGUUGUUGCAUUAAGAUGUGUCCUUGAAGCUCUUCAUCGACCCACUACUCCGACCCCCACAAAGAUGUACUACUUUGGUAUAACUGCUCUUGAAAGGUUUAAGUCAAAAUUGAAAGAGUAUCCACUCUAUUGUCAACAUUUAACGUCAAUACCUCAUUUCAGUGAAUUUCCUCGUUCACUUCAAGAGUACAUUACAUUUGGUGCUGUAUCAGAGGAUCCACCCUCUGCUCGAUCUCUUCCCGAUGUUGUUGCUAAUCCUGCUGUUUCAGCUCAUUCUCCUGCUCCUGGUCAACUCAAUUCAGCUUUACCUGGUCUCAAAGGCUCUUACAUAGGUAGCAAUUUAAAUUCUGAUUCCAAUCGUUCUGUAAUGAUGCCUGGUAUGUUACACAAUCAAAAUACUAUUGGUAACAUCAGUUCUCAGGGUAUAACCGGUCCUAUUGGAGGACAAUUAUCUCAAGUUCAUUCAAAAAUAUUUCCAACCUCUGUGUCAACUCAAGCAUUGAUCAACAAACCAAUUACCUCAACUCCAGUGAUCACUUCAUCUUCAACACGUAGUGGACCAUCCAUUGCAAAUGCUACUAACAUUGACACUCUUCUAGCCGCCGGUGAAACAAAUCAUUCAUCACCACCUGAAUCAAUGCAAGAUAAGGUUGGUUUUAUCAUCAAUAAUUUAUCACAAAUGAAUUUAGCACAAAAAACUGAAGAAUUCAAAGAACUUAUUGGUACCGAUGAUACUUAUUACGGUUGGAUUUCUCAAUAUUUUGUUCAAAGACGUGCAAGUAUUGAGAAUAACUUCCAUACCCUGUAUGCCAACUUUUUAGACCUUCUAAAGUUACCCGAGUUGACCAAAUUGGUUAUUAGAGAAACUCACCGCAAUAUAAAAGUUCUACUGAGAAGUGACAAAGUCAUUGCUAAUAUGGGUGAUCGAACACUACUAAAAAAUCUUGGUCAUUGGUUGGGAAUGUUGACCCUGGCUAAAAACAGGCCAAUUCUAUCAAUUGAUUUGAAUCUUAAAUUUCUGCUUAUUGAAGCUUAUCACAAAGGUACUCAAGAACUUCUCUAUGUUGUUCCAUUCAUCGCCAAAGUAUUGGAAAGCUGUGCAAAAUCAACAGUAUUCAAGCCUCCCAAUCCUUGGACCAUGGGUAUACUUAAAGCUCUUGUCGAGCUUCACCAAGAACGAGAUGUUAAACUCAAUUUGAGGUUUGAAGUUGAAGUUCUUUGUCGAACACUUAAUACUGAUAUCAACGAAAUGAUUGGUAAGAGUACCAUUUUCCAAGAUGAAGAGAUAGCGAACAAAGUAAUGAUGGAACAACAAUUAGGACCCAUAGGUGGUCGUCAAAACCAAAGCCAUGUUAGCUCUAUUGGAUUAAGUCAAUUAACUGACACUAUUUCAAACUCAGUUCAAAAUCAAAUACAUAUUGCUCAACCGCAAGGAUCCUCUCAAGGAUCAGUGUCAGUUGCUCCUCAGUCUGUGUCAAGCCAACCUCCAAUAUCUCAUCCAAGCCAAAUCAUCAAACCGCCGUUGGCUCAACCGCAAUCUCAUUUAACCAACAGGUUAACCAUGCCAAUGUUACCACAGCCAUUAGUUGUUGGACAACAGUCAACAGCUCAUUCACUUCUUCCACCUAAUUCAUCGCCCACCGUUCAAAUUGGACCUCCGCACAUGCCUCCAUCAGCAUCAAUACCGAUGACACCCACCUCAUCAGUUAGCCCUGCUGUUCAACAAUUUAAUUAUCACGAUAUUUCAACAAAUAUUUCAACAAUUGGACCACAUAUUGUCGCACGAAAUGAUCUUCCUCUGAUUCAACUUAAUCCGAAUCUCAAGCUUUUCAUCAAACAUUCAGUCGAAAGAGCCAUUCAAGAAUGGGUAGGACCAGUCGUUGAAAGAAGCAACAAAAUCAGCUUAACUACAGCUGAACAAAUAAUCAAAAAAGACUUUGCCCUUGAAUCAGAUGAAAAUAAAAUGUGUCUUGCAGCCCAAUACCUUAUCCGUAAUCUAACCGCAGGUAUGGCAAUGAUCACAAGUAAAGAUGCUCUUUAUGCUACAAUGGUGUCACAUCUAAUUCAAUCAUUUACUCGUCAAUUGAGUCCUAACAGUGGAGUAACAAAAGAAAUGAUUGAAGAGACAGCAAAUGCUGUUGCCAGUAGCAACAUUAAUCUAGCCUGUUGUUUCAUCCAAAAGACAGCAAUCGAAAAGGCCAUUCCAGAAUUAGACAAAAGGCUACAACAUGAAUACGACAUUCGUCGUAAAGCAAGACUUGAAGGUCGUCGCUAUUGUGAUGCUAGUUCUUUGACUUAUCAAGCAGAGCGAAUGCCAGAAGCUAUUCGUCUAAAAGUAGGUUCAGUGACUCCUCUUCAAUUCCAGGUUUAUGAAGAUAUUGGUAAAAACAUCCCUGGAUUCAUUGCUCCAAUUUCUGAUCAUCCAAAUAUGGGAAUUGUUUCAUCAAUGACCAACUCCCUUUCAAAUAUCGGUGGACCCAUUGGAUCCACUGGGCCUAGUCCAAUUACCAACUCGAUCGGAAUGGAGCAAACGUUUUUAAAGAAUCUUGCAAACAAUGCAUUACCUUCGGUCGCUGCCAUGUCCAAUCCAAUCUCUGCAAGCCUUAAUGCUAUUCAAGCUCCUUUAUUACCCUUGCCGAUCUCAAAUUUCGGUGCAGACUCAUCUUCCAAUAAUAUUGAUACUAGUUUGCAAACUCUUUAUGACAAAUUAGUCAAUGAGUUGGAAUCUUUAUUCCAACAGUUUGUCCAAUCAAUGCAACCCAGUAUUCUUAUCCAAACCAUGCAUUCAAUAUUGGAAAUGGUCAAUGCAUCACGAAACAAUUUAAGAGACAUCGGAAGUGCUAUUAAUUUAAUCCAAAGAAUCCUCGAAGCUCUCAAUGAACUAUUCAUGAGUUAUGAGGCGGUGGUUGUUGAAAAUUUCCUUUUCACUCGAGCUCGUGAUCUUUAUCUGGUGAUUCUAAAAGCUUUAGCCGAUCCUCGAGCUUAUGGACACCAAUGGACAACUAAACACAUAACUCAACAAGUUUUGGAUCGUUUACUCAGCUCUACAACUCCACCUUUACCCGAUGAACUAUUUGAUAUUCUUAUGCGUUCCGAGCUCAUCAACAUCCCUCUUCUUGAUAUCACUAUGGCUCAACUUAUCGAAAGCGCUAACAAUCCAAUCGCUUUGGCAUUUACUUUACAAUGUGUGAAACUUUAUGGUGGUGAAAUUAAUGAGAAUCGAAUUCCCCAUAUUAUUUCAGCUUUAAUUAAGAUCAGCAAAUCAUCUGGUCCAACCAAUCCCUUAAACCUUGAAAUACAAACAAGCUUAGAUGUAUUCAGAACAUCCAAUGCACCUAAUGCUCAAGGUAUUGGACAGCUAAGUGAUGGGACAAAUUUUCUUAUGAGCUCUGCGAUGAGCGUCUCUUCUCGGGAAAUUGAAUCUGAUUCUGAACUGUUGGAGAAAACUGAAAGACUAAUGAGAGACUGGAUUCAGCUCUAUCACUCAAAUACUCCGCCUAAUAAGGUGUUCCACCAUUAUGUCCAAUCAAUGAACAAUAAUGGUAUUCUCAAAACAGAUGACUCCAUAACAAGGUUUUUCCGACUCUCAACUGAGCUUUGCGUUGAUAAUUGUUAUCGAAUUUUAUCCGGUCAUGGUAACAAUGCAUCUGCUCUUGAAGCUCGAACCAAAUGUUUCCAAACACUUGACGCUUUCGCUCAUCUCAUCGUAAUGCUGGUUAAACACAGUGGCUCCAAUACUGGAUCGAUUUCUGAAUCAACUCCUAAAAUCAAUUUACUUAACAAGGUUUUGGGCAUCAUUGGUAGUGUCGCUAUUCAAGAUCAAGAAAUACGAAAUGAAGAAUUUCAACAUCUUCCCUAUUAUCGUAUUUUAAUCAUUUUAUUAAUGGAAUUGACUCUUGGUCCCAACAAUUUAGGCUUACCAGUCAUGAAUAACUUCCAACAUCAACUUAAUUUUGGAAUCAAUCAGAACCAAGGAGAUCCUCAUUACGAGACUAUUCAAUAUCAAGUCUUGAAUGCUUUCUGUCAAACAUUGAAGCUAUUGAAACCUAGCAAAGCUCCUUCAUUUGCAUUUGCUUGGCUUGACUUUAUCGGUCAUCGUAUCUUCAUGAAAAAGUGUCUCAAUGGGCCUAAUGUAACCGGCUCUUCAUCCAAAGGAUGGAUGUUUUAUGCUCCUCUUUUGAUUGAGAUAAUUAAAUUCUUGGCACCAUUUUUGCGAAACGUUGAAUUGCCCCAUUCAAUUGAUCUUCUUUACAAGGGUACACUCAAAGUUCUAUUGAUUUUACUUCACGAUUUCCCUGAAUUCUUGUGUGAAUAUUGCUAUGAACUUUGUGACGCUAUCCCACCUAACGCAAUUCAAAUGCGAAAUUUGGUUCUAAGCGCUUUCCCACGAAACAUGCGAUUACCUGAUCCAUUUACACCAAAUCUUAAGAUUGACUCACUUCCAGAAAUCAUACAACCUCCCAAAGGAACAUCUAACACAGUUAAUGUCUUGAACACUGUACCUUUCAGAAAAGAACUGGAUUCUUAUUUAAGAACUCGAAGUCCAGUUACAUUCCUCUGUGAGCUCAGAGGUUAUCUACAAAAUCCUAAUGGUUCUGAAAGUACUCGUUAUAACAUCCCAUUAAUCAACGCAUUAGUCCUGUUUGUCGGUCAAUCUGCUAUUCAAGCCAUCACUCCAAAGCACAUAACAAUGUCUAGUAUCGCUCAUUCAUCACACAUGGAUAUUUUCCAGAAUUUAGCUGUUGACCUAGACACUGAAGGCCGCUAUUUAUUCUUGAACGCGAUAGCAAAUCAACUUCGAUAUCCCAACUCUCAUACACAUUACUUUAGUUGCACUCUAUUGUACAUCUUUGCUGAAAGUAAUCAAGAAGCCAUCCAAGAACAGAUCACUCGAGUUCUUUUGGAAAGACUUAUUGUAAAUCGUCCUCAUCCAUGGGGUCUAUUGGUAACCUUUAUUGAAUUAAUUAAAAACCAAUCCUUUAAAUUUUGGAAUCAUGAGUUCGUCCGAUGUGCACCUGAAAUUGAAAAAUUAUUUGAAUCAGUUGCUAGAAGCUGUAUGCAGCAGCAACAAAAAAACCAAGGCACCGGCAACUCUGGUCAAGUAUCUGCUGAGCUUGUUCGUUCACAAUCAUCGUAAAAUAUAUCAAUAAACAAAUUGUCAUCAAGCGGCGGAAAGUAAUAAAAAUAAACAAAACCACCACCCAACAGACACACACAUAAAUACAUAAACACCAAUAAAACUACAUAAACAAAGACUAUAAAAAAUAAUAAAAGACAAUAUAGUUGAUUUUGAGGAGAUCAAGAAACUGUACUUAUAUUCAAAUUGAUCUAACAAUUUGUAUUUUAAUGUUACUAUUACCGUUUCGCUAUCGAUUAAUAAAAUGUUAUUUUUAAAUUGCA